AGUUGUGAAAAGAAACAUAAAAAAGGGACAAAAACGAGCAAACGGUUUCUCUCUCUCUCUCCAACACUUCCAAAGUCUCAAUCUCGAAAUCUUUGCCCAGAACGAGCUAAACGGAGGUUCUAUUCCAUCUUCAGAUGUUUCACUUUGUGGGACCUAUGAAAUGAACGGUUCUUAUCAUCUUUGGGGUCCCAAGGUGAAGCCCAUGAAUGAAAGCUUAGAGGAGUAUGGAGCGAGGGGGUAUGGAGGGGAGCUAAUUCCCUAAUCAAAAUCUCUUACACUGGGAGGGCAUUGAUUUCUCCACCUUUUAAACUCCUUUUAUUGCUACAUAUAAAAGUCCAUUGAAGUUCCUUGUGGGGAGGUACUCAAAGCAACACAAUCAUCAAGCUCUUUCUCAAUUUAAUAGAAGCUGUUGUGUGUAGAACUCCUAUAUGGUCUGCGGAGCGUUGUCAUCCUACAGCUUUAUUAGUUGGCAAGCAAUCACAAACUCAAACUACCAACCGCUUAAACAUGAAUUCCAAACAAUGCUGAUCAAUGAAGAUUCCACAAGGCUAGACGUCCUACUUAGACCAGUUUUCAGACCACCUAUGCUUGGCUGACAAAAUGAAUUCAGAAUCUACUGAUUCAUCAUCUCUGCAUCCUGAUCAAGCUUCCCGUGAUGAAGCAUUUGCUCCAACUGUCUCUGGGAGAGAGAGUUCCACAGUUGGCUCACCAACUAUGCAAUCUACUAGUGCCAUAUCAUCUUGGGCGAAAAGUGUUAAAUUCUCGCUGCCAGCGGCCUCAGUACAUGAGGAUUCAAAGGCUGGAAAUGCUGGAAAGUCAGCCUUUGCUCGUCUUGCGAGUGGUUUUGGAUUGCAUCUACCUACAAAAGCUUCUGGGGAAACUCAGGGAGCUGCCUCAAUGACUGCACAAUCAGGUGUUUUUGAAUCAUUGACGAAAGGUUUGGUUGACUCCUCUUUGAGUGCAGUGAAAGCAGUACAGGUUAAGGCACGCCAUAUCGUCUCUCAAAACAAACGAAGAUAUCAGGAAGGAGGAUUUGAUCUAGACAUGACUUAUAUAACUGAGAAUGUAAUUGCUAUGGGAUUUCCUGCUGGUGAUAUGAGCUCUGGAUUUUUUGGAUAUGUUGAGGGUUUCUAUCGAAAUCAUAUGGAAGAAGUGAUCAAGUUUUUUGAAACUCAUCAUAAGGGAAAUUACAAAGUAUACAACCUUUGUUCAGAGAGGUUGUAUGAUUCUUCACUAUUUGAGGGGAAGGUUGCAUCUUUCCCGUUUGAUGACCAUAAUUGCCCUCCCAUGGAACUCAUUCCUCUGUUUUGUCAAAGUGCUUACGCGUGGCUAAAGGAGGACAUUCAGAAUGUAGUAGUUGUUCAUUGUAAAGCUGGAAUGGCAAGGACAGGAUUAAUGAUAUGUAGCCUACUCUUGUUUCUAAAGUUUUUCCCAACAGCGGAGGAGUGCAUUGAGUAUUAUAACCAGAAACGUUGCCUUGAUGGAAAGGGUCUAAUUCUACCAAGCCAAAUUAGGUAUGUAAAGUACUUCGAGCGCCUUUUAUCAUAUUUCAACGGCGAAAAUCAACCUGGCCGUAGGUGCAUGCUGAGGGGAUUUCGUCUCCACAACUGCCCAUACUGGAUUAGGCCUUCCAUCACUAUAUCUGACCAUAAUGGAAUUCUAUUCUCAACGAGAAAACAUGCCAAAACUAAGGAUCUAAUGCCGGAAGACUUUUGGAUCCGAGCACCAAAAAAGGGGAUUGUGGUCUUUGCUCUACCUGGGGAACCUGGCCUAACAGAGUUGAAGGGAGAUUUCAAGAUCCAUUUCCAUGACCGCCAAGGAGAUUUCUACUGUUGGUUGAAUACAUCAAUGGCGGAAAAUAGAAUUAUUCUAGACAAUUCGGAGCUUGAUGGGUUUGACAAGCGGAAAUUGCCUUCCCCAGGAUUUCAGGUUGAAAUAGUGAUGAUAGACUAUGAUGGCUCCAUUCCAACAAGGAAAAAGGCCGAAAUUGGUAACAAGGAAUCUGAUGGAAGAGUGGGAAAUGCUCUUUCCUCAACAAACAGUGUAACAACUGCCAACCAAAAUAAGGAUACAGAAAACCAAGACAACGAUGAUGUGUUCUCUGACAGUGAAGGAGAGGAAACUACGUCUUCAAAGAGUAGCCAAGCUCGAGCAACCUCUGGAGCUCCAACUUCCACACAUACUCAAUCUGGGAAUGAGGAAGUGAGGGAUUUGACUCAUGGGACGCAACGACUGUCACUCAGCAAGGAGGCCACACGAAGCAGUGAUUCCAGUGAAACAAAAAUUGAUGGGGUGGGCGGAUUGGGCUCGGGAGGGAUGAGUAGCGAUAUCAAGGCAAUUGCAGCUGAUGCUUCUGUUUUUACUUUUGGAGAUGAAGAAGAUUACGAAAGCGAGUGAAUGCCAUUGAGCUUCAUUUUGGUGUGUAAGAUUGUAUUUGACCCCCUUGUAUCUUGCUAUUGGGAAAAUUGCUUUUUAGGGCGCUGUUUGCCCAAGCUUUUGUAGUGCAGCUUCUGCUUUUUUUUGCAUCUCAGAAGCUUAGCACAACUUCUGUUCGACAGAAACAGCUGUGAAAAGAUGAAUCUAAGAAACAUCAUUUUUUAUGCUUUUGGAUUUUGACUUGAA